ACUUUUCCACAACAGAUUCAUCACUUUCUACAGACAGUUGUUUCUUUCUCUCUCUGUUUCUCGCGAUUAUCGAGCGCCAUGGUUCUCUCCAAAACGGCAUCGCAGACGGACGUUUCUGUCCAUUCAACCUUCGCCUCUCGCUAUGUGCGCACAGUUCUUCCCAGGUUCAAGAUGGGAGAGCUAUCGAUCCCGAAGGAAGCGGCGUACCAGAUCAUAAACGACGAGCUGAUGUUGGACGGAAAUCCGAGGCUGAACCUGGCGUCGUUUGUGACGACGUGGAUGGAGCCUGAAUGUGACAAACUCAUAAUGGCUGCCAUUAACAAAAACUAUGUGGACAUGGAUGAGUACCCUGUCACCACUGAACUUCAGAAUCGUUGCGUUAACAUGAUAGCUCACCUUUUCAAUGCACCACUGGGAGAGUCAGAAGCUGCCGUUGGUGUUGGUACGGUUGGCUCAUCAGAGGCCAUAAUGUUGGCUGGAUUGGCAUUCAAAAGGAGAUGGCAGAAUAGAAGGAAAGAAGAAGGGAAGCCUUGUGAUAGUCCCAAUAUUGUUACUGGUGCCAAUGUUCAGGUUUGCUGGGAGAAAUUUGCAAGGUACUUUGAGGUGGAGUUGAAAGAGGUGAAGCUGAGUGAUGGAUACUUUGUAAUGGACCCUGAAAAAGCAGUGGAAAUGGUGGAUGAGAACACCAUUUGUGUUGCUGCUAUCCUUGGUUCCACUUUGAACGGAGAGUUUGAAGAUGUCAAGCGCUUAAAUGAUCUCCUACUAGAAAAGAAUCAGGCAACUGGAUGGGACACUCCAAUUCAUGUGGAUGCAGCCAGUGGUGGAUUCAUUGCACCAUUUCUUUAUCCAGAGCUUGAGUGGGACUUUCGGCUACCACUAGUGAAGAGCAUCAAUGUUAGUGGACACAAAUAUGGUCUAGUCUAUGCUGGAAUUGGUUGGGUCAUUUGGAGAACCAAGGAAGACCUUCCUGAGGAACUCAUUUUCCACAUUAACUAUCUCGGAGCUGAUCAACCCACCUUCACCCUCAACUUCUCCAAAGGUUCUAGCCAAGUUAUUGCCCAGUACUACCAACUAAUUCGACUGGGUUUUGAGGGAUACAAAAUGGUGAUGGAAAACUGCACAGACAACAUGGCAGUGCUUAAGGAAGGACUAGAGAAAACUGAAAAGUUCACCAUUGUGUCUAAAGACAUCGGUGUCCCAUUGGUGGCCUUCACUUUGAAGGACCACAGCCACUUCAAUGAGUUCCAAAUCUCUGAUCUUCUGAGGCGCUAUGGAUGGAUUGUGCCAGCAUACACUAUGCCCCCAGAUGCAGAACAUGUCACAGUGCUUCGUGUUGUGGUUAGGGAGGACUUCUCUCGCACCCUUGCGGAGCGUCUUGUCACUGAUCUCACCAAAGUGGUGCGCGAGCUGGAGCUGCUUCCUGCUAGGGUAAUCAGCAGCACCGUAACGACUACUGCCGGAGAAGAUGGUGAAGUCACCGAGGGAAAAGUAUUGAUUGCCAAGAAGAGUGAACUAGAGACACAGAGAGCAAUCACUUCAGCUUGGAAGAAGUUUGUGAUGGAGAAGAAGAAGACGAAUGGUGUUUGUUAGAGCCCUGUUUUCGAUCAAUUUUAGCAGACCAAUCUCUGCGUUUCCACAACCUUUGGUAGGCACAAAUUUUACUACAAUCUUAAUUAUCCUGGUAUGACAAUUAUCGUUCAUGAAUGCUCAUAAAGUUUUAACUGGUGUCAUUUAUUCUGUUUUAUCAAUGCAAGUACGUUCUUGUGUUCCCAAAAAUUUGUUUUGGAUAAGUUGGUUCAAGUAAAUGUGUUCCAGUGC